CCCACUCUUCUCCCGAACAUUCCAUCCUUUUCAAGAACUUUCUAAAGUCUAAAUCAUCUCUCAAUAUUAACACUCCCCACUCUCUCAAACACUCACUAACUAAUCACUUGCUUAAUCUACUUGAUCACUUCCUCAAUCAUAUUCUUCACAUAAAUACCUGGUAGUAAUGGAUGGGCAGAAAAUGAAACAAGCAGCAGCUGGUUCAUCACCUCAGCCAAUGGAGGGAUUGCAUGAAGUGGGGCCACCUCCAUUUCUUACAAAGACAUAUGAUAUGGUUCAAGACCCGGCUACUGACACGGUUGUGUCUUGGAGUGCUGCUAAGAAUAGCUUCAUCGUUUGGGAUCCUUACAAGUUCUCGACUUGUCUGCUCUCCAAAUGCUUCAAACAUAGUAAUUUCUCUAGUUUUGUUCGCCAGCUCAAUACCUAUGGUUUCAGGAAAGUGGAUCCCGACAGAUGGGAGUUUGCGAAUGAGGGGUUUCUGGGAGGUCAGAAGCAUCUCUUGAAGACUAUCAAAAGGAGGAGAAAUGCCACCUCACAGGGAAUACAGCAGCAAGGAGGUGGCUUGUGUGUCGAAUUAGGCCAUUAUGGAGUUGAAGAAGAGCUUCAAAAACUCGGGCAUGAUCGCAGUAUUCUAUCUGCAGAAAUUGUGAAACUCAGACAGCAACAGCAGGACUCACAGAAUGUAAUCGCAGCAAUGGAGGAUAAAAUUCAGAGUUUGGAGUCUAAGCAGCAACGUAUGAUGAGUUUUCUCGCACAGGCACUUAGGAGUCCUGAAUUUAUGCAGCAGUAUCUGGACAAGUAUGUGCAAAAGAUGGAUCAGAAUCAAAUUGAUAUGGGGAGGAAACGCAGACUAACUAUGAGCCCAAGCCAAAGUUUGGAGGACUUGCAAACACAGAGUUUAGAUUAUUCUUAUCAGCAAAAAGAAGAGCUAGCAAAUACGGGAGUGGAUGUGGAGUCAUUUUUCUCAGAUGCACUCGACCCAGGGGCAACUAGUGGUGUAAAGGAGGAAAUGGUUUCAUCGCGUGGUGGAGAGUUGGAUGCUGUAAAUGAGAUUAUUUGGGAGGAGUUGCUUGAUAAUAAUCUUGCAACUGUGAAUGCAGAAAAAGAAGAGGUGGCUAUUGAUCUUCCAGGUGUGGAAGUGGAAGAUUUUGCUGCAAAUUCACCAGACUGGGAUAGUGAGGAUCUAAAGCCACUUAUUGAUCAACUGGAAUAUCUCAGGUCAAAUCCAUGAAUGGUCAAUUAUGACCAAGGAUUCUGUUUCAGGUGUCUGUGUUGUACGUGGUGUCAUAAUGUGGUCGUCUCUUUCAACUUCAUCCCCUAAUAAUCGUUGGGGUGAAGGGAUUUGCAGGGAAGAGACACAAUGUUAUAUCCUUUUCAAGAUAUUAUGUCCUUUUAAAUUUCAUGAAUUUAUUGUUACAUUUUUCAGUCCUUUUAAAUUUCAUGAAUUUAUUGUUACAUUUUUCAGUCCUUAA